AUGCCUCUGAGAGGUCGAUUGUCGCAAGAAGAAAAAGGGAAGGGUGUCGCAGAUUCUCCGAGUCCGAUCAGAGAUGCACGGGUAACCGACAGUCCACCGGAUGAUUUCGACUUGAUUCAUCGUGACGCUCUUCGGGAUUCAGAUAAUAUGACCCUAUCUCAACGCCUUUUGGUCGCUGAUGCUCAUAAGAUGAUCCGUGAUGAAUGUGCGGAUCGCGUUGAAGUCGGGAGCAGUGACGUGAGCGGUAGCGGCUCUGAAGCGUCUAGCCAAGCCUCAAGACCUUUGAGACGAGCUAGUCGGGAGAUUCCUUUCGGCCAGAUAGACUGCCGUCCCACGAUCUAUCAUCCUGGCGGGAUCUUCGAAGAACUCGGCCCACUCCCGUCCGAAUUGCUUCGUGACACGCGGGCUCAGUCAUGGGGGAAUGUCUUCGAUUCUUGCUCCUCUCACAAGACGGUGAGGGAUUUAUUGAGGCGAAGUGGAGGUGCCGGCGUUACAUACAUCAUUCCUUCCAAGGGACAGCGUCCUUGGUCGCCUCCGAUUGGCUAUCAGUGUGUCUACGAGUCCUAUUUUGGAGACCAUACGAAGCUCUGGUUUCCAAUUCCCCGACUGAUCACGUCGUACGCAUUUCGUCGGGACAUCGCCAUCUGUCAGCUGCUUAACGGGUCGCUGCGCAUCGCGGUUAUGCUAAUGGUGAUGGCAGCGGAGAUAGACGUUUCGAUGAGUGUGAGAGUAUUCGAAGAGUUAACUUUUACGAAGGCGGAGCCACAUGGAAUAUUUUCAGUGAAGAUGCGCUCGAGCUACAACGUCUUGGCUGGGCACCCGAACAAGACGAAGGACUGGCACCGCUCAUAUUUUUACGUCAAGUCUGAUGAGCAUGCCUUCUCGGAGCCACCUGGGGACGACUACCGCGUUCUAUGGAACAAAACGCUUGUUCGUCACCCAAAUACGAUCGCAUACCCGGAGAAAUUCUUCGAGAGUGCUCAGGCAAUCGCGGCUCACAGCCAUCUCCGUUGGCCUGAUCUUAGUCGAGAGUGGAUAAGACGUCAAGAAGCUCGGAUUGCUAGAGUUGAUUGGGAGUCGAGACUUCCUGUUGUACUCGGGCCCCGUAAGUCGCGUCUGUCCCUUUUAACUCGGAAACAGCAGAAACUUCUAGACGAAGCUAGAAAGAUGGACGGAGUGCCGGAUUUGAGUGCGUUGUUGAAGGGGAAGCUGCAAUUGCUUUCGAAGAAGUCAAUUCCUGCCGAUGUGCAAGGGUCGACCAGUUCUGACGCAGGUCGAGCUUCCAAGAAAGGAGCUCAUGGUUUAGUCGACAAAGACGUUGGGGCGGAGCCUCCUGCCUCGAGUCCUAAAAAGAAGAAGCAGAGCAAGAAAUCCAGGAGGAAAGCGACCGAAGAGCUUCCUCUUGAAGAGAUCGCUUCUCUUGACGAAACCUCCGAGGAGGCGCCGGCAGUAGGACGAGAAGGCGCUACAUGGGGUUCCGUCGAGUCUGACCGUUCCGAAACGGCGCCAGAAGAUCGUCCCAGAAAGAAGAAGAAGAAGAAGUCCAUCGAGGCAGAGCCGCGUCCUUCUGAUGUGGAGACGGGCCUGGUCGAGGUUGUCGUGGGGGCGGCGUUUCUCUUGAAACCCCUCCUGAGGAGAGAGAGGCCUCAGCGCGGGGCAGUGAUCCUGUUGCAAAUGAGGGAUCUAUUCCUGAUCCGUCUGCGAGGAAAGGGUCUCGUUCAGAAGGUUCUACUGUGCGCGGAGCUGACGCGCCAAAUUCGUGGUGGGACGAAGGAGAUGCCACAAUUGGACGACCUUUACUUCAAGACUGAAUACAUAGACGCUGCUUCCUCGAGAGCUCGGAGUGACGGGAGUAUGAACUUUCUCGUUGAGAAAUACGAUAGUACUCUGAAACAGACGAUGAUCCAGUUGGGAUCUUCGAAGAAGCUUGCCCAGACGAGGUUGAAGGUCAUCGAGAGAGUAAGGGCGGAGCAUAAGAAGGCCAAUGAGAAGGCCGCGGAGGAGAAAGAGAUUCUUCGAGUGAAGUUCGAAGAGCUGGAGGGGAAGCUUAAAUCUUCCAGCGCGGCGAGGAAAGAGCUCGUCCGAGAGAAAAGUCAUUUGGAGCAAACGGCUGCGAACCUGGAGAAGGAGAAGACUGAGCUAGUCGAAGAGAGAGAUGCCGCGGUAGACAAAUUAAUCAGAGAGAGGCAACGCUUGAGGGACUCCCGGGGUUUGGAGGUUACUCGCGAGAGGGAAAAAGUCGAGGUUGCCAUGGCUGAGAAGGCAAGUCGCCGUUUUGAUCGCGUGCGCGACCAUUUUACUCGUCUGGAGGCUUUUGAGAAGGCAAAGAACCUGUAUGGUCAAGCUUCGGGAACGAAGAAGUGCCUCGAGGUUAUAAAGGCGAGUGGGACGGAGAUCCCCCAAGAAAUGACCGAUGUCUUCGCUGAGCAGGAGAAACUUUACGAGGUGGAGGUUAUGAAACUCCGAGUAGAGCCGCUGUCUGAUAGCGACCUUACACUUUCUCCGCUGGUCCUUCCUUCUCGUUUCGUCGCGGACCUGUUCAGAACGUCAUUCGAUCCCUAUGGGCCGAACGUAAAUUUGAUCGGGCCAGAGACGGCUUCUCGGCUCGUUACCUCGUUCGAAGUUGUUGAGGAACCAUCAGAGGAGCCACUGGUUGACGUCACGUCUAUCCCUACUGAGCAUGUCUAA